AUGCCGGCAAGGGGGCGCUUGGCGGAUAGCAAGGUUCUGUUGGAGAGGUCGGUGAGAUUCAUUCAGGGUGGGUUUACCGAUUUGGUCUGGGGCAAUAGACUCAAACCGCCCGAGUAUGGACGCACUUUUUCGAGGGCUUCGUCCUUGCGUUUCUUUACGCAGUACAAUGAGUACGAGAGGAGCAUGGGUCUCUGCAACAGUGGGCAGUCCAUCAAACGCCCGCUGCUUAAUGAAUGUCAACUGUUGCGCCAGUCUAUCCACAAAUGCCUGUCGCGCACAUACUUUGAUGGCACCGAACUCGAAGAAACUGACCUGUGCGAGGCUCUGGCCAAACAUGCUGAAUGCUGGACGGACGAUACCAUUGAGCCUUCGAUUGCGGCCGCUGCGGUGACUCGUAUGGUAGCUAUGGGGACUAAGGCUACUGCUGUAGAUCGGAUCGAUGCUGUUCGAAGUCGCCUCGAGCGCGAAUACCCGAGUGCUGAACGCAAUUCCGCGGGCGCGUUUAAGAAUGGUUCGGCUGCUGUCAUGAGCAAAGCAGUUGUGGCUGAGUCGGCUCCGCCCGAGUUUAAGGUCGAGGUGGAAAGCAAGCUGGACAUGCAAGGUAGCUGGAAGGAUAACCCCGAGCUAGUCUUUGAGAUCGCACGGGAUGUUGCGGUCGAGUGGCGCACGGUUGAGUUGGCAGACAGGCAGCGUGGGCAAUCGCGUGGUGGCGGCGUACAGGCCCGUAAAAAAAACAUCUCAGCAACAGAAAUGGAGGAAAACGAACGCGCCUGGUGGCGCUGGCGGUGCAGGUGCGUCUUCAUUUGCCAAGCUUGUUACGAGUUUCAGGUGGACGGGCUGUUUUUGCUGGUGAACCCCAGGGCGAGGAAGCUCCGACGCCUUUCCUCCCGCCAGACCCGUCGCCGUCAGCUGCCACUGCCCUCCGCAUCCUUCGCAGCGUCGACUGAGGGGGUGGGGGUACCACCCGGUCCUGAGGGUCCGUGCGUGCCAGCGUUUCGUGGAGUCCAGCCCGGAGGUCGUAGAGGGCAUACAAAACCCGGAGAACUGAAAGUCGCGGAUGGCCGCCGCGUGCUCGAGGUUAUUCAAAAAACCUGCCCAGUGCGUAUUGCUUUGCACACCAGCUGGGGGUUAGUGUCGGUGGACCCGUUUUCGUUGGCGGUCAUGACUGGCAACGAUGAGGUGGUUAUUCUUGGCAACCCGACGCUGAAGGCGUUGGGUAUCGAUGUGUACGAGAGCUUGGGGACAUGUUCGCGUUCGCGCGCUAGCGUCAUGGGUGUUCAGACCACGGCGUGGAAAGAAUGCCGCCGAGUUACGCUUGCCGUUGAUGCCCUGCAGCGGAGCGAAGGCCGGGAGCAAGUCGAGCAGGAUCCAGCGGUCAAGCGUCUGGUGGCGCAACGCCCCCAUGCGGACAUGAGCCCUGAGGAGGAGGCAUCGGCGCGGUCUGCAUCGUUGGACAGCGCUGUCUCUUCCGCCGUUGUAGCUGGAUUGGACGAGCCGCACGUAGGCCGUCUACGGAGCAUCAUCCGAGAGCGCUGGAAUGCGUUCCGCCCUGGUAUGCGACCGGGUGACCCUCCCGCGAACGUAGAGCCUCUUCGGGUCACCCUCAAGCCAGGAGCACUGCCGGUUAAAGCUCGACCGCGGACCUACAACCCGAUCAAGACCGCGUGGCUGGCGGGGUGCAUGGCGUCGCCUGUCGUGCUGGGCUUGGUGUUCCUCAAUAUGCAGGCCGUGUCGGCCAGCGCCGCGAUGGCGACUCCGAAGAAAGGGGGAUACCGGCUGCUGAGUGACUUUCGUGCGGCAAAUAACCAAGUAGAGAAGGUGCCUGGUGUUAUGCCGAACCCUGAAGCAAGUAUGGCUCAGUUUAGUGCGACCAAGUUUCACGGGAGCUUGGAUCUGUUACGAGCGUACUGUCAGCGUCCGUUGUCUCCGGAGGCGCAGAAAAUCUUCACGAUUGCCACGCCGCGUGGCCUCCACACGCCCAAGCGGGUGCCGCAAGGUAUUUUGAACGCUACGUCCUAUUUCCAGGCCACCCUGUCGCGCAUCCUCGAGGGGCUGAACUGCCUCGUCUGGGUAGACGGUGUCGUGAAUCGGGGCAUGGAAGAAGACGACUUGCUUAACACCCUCGACAUGAUUGUUGAACGCCUGGACGGGGCUGGACUUACGUGGCCGCCCACAAAUGCACGUUUUUUGAGACCAGCAUCACAUGGUGCGGGAAGGUGUACUCCCAGGGCAAGGUUGAGCAUGAUCCCGAGCGGCUAAGCGGUCUGGAAAACAUGCGGCGUCCUGAGGCAGCUGGUGAGCUGAUGCAGUUCCUGCAGUCUUUCAAUUGGUCGUGGACAUCUCUACCGCGGAUGGCGGAGGUUGUGUGGCCGCUUCGCGUGUUUAUGGAGCAGCAUUUGGUCGGUGCCAAGAGCCGAACGAAGCGCGUGGCCGAGAAUCGCGCGAUCGCUGCGGAUGCGUGGACGCCCGCGCUGAUCGCAGCGUGGGAUGCCGUGCAAAACCUCGUUGCCCGUGCUGUUGCCUUGUCUCACCCCCGCCCAGGUUGCGCCAUGUUGGUGUUCCCCCAUGCGUCCGAUGAGCAUUGGGGAGUUUCCUUACCCAAGUGCCCCACGAUCAGCUGGAUCGUAACGUCCCGGUGGAGGAUAUGGCUCAUGAGCCGAUGGGAUUCUUGAGCGGCACAUUCAAGGGCGCGCAGCAGCGGUGGGCCACGGUGGACAAGGAAGGGUACGCGAUUGUGAGUACGUUCAAGCGGCUGGAGUAUUUGCUUUGGGAUGGCGUGCAUAUCUUCACCGAACACCGUAAUCUCGCGUACAUUUUCGACCCGGAACCUUGCGUGUCCGCCGUAGCGGAAACAACGACUCAGCGUCUCGACCAGUGUAAAGCACUCUUAGGCCAAUACGAUUACACCACGCGGCACAUUUCGGAAGAGCGUAAUUGUUGGGGGGACCUUCUGUCGAGGUGGGUCUCUGUGCCGUCAGUGAGUGUUCGUGUGGCCGUGGUUUACGCCCCCAGCGAACCUGGACCGUCAAAGUGGGCCUGAUGGUCUGUGCCCAUAUGAAAGGAGCUGGGCAUCGUGGCGCCGUCGCCACCUUGCAGCGGUUGUCCGAGUACUGUUGCUGGUUUCGGAUGGAAGAACACGUCACCGACUUCGUCAAGCAGUGCCUACAUUGUAUGGACUCGAAGGUGCGGGAAAAGGUGCCUCGCCCGCUUGGAAACCGUCCACGGCACGCGUCCUGGCGAAGUUGUUAUUUUUGACUACCUCUAGGUGGGAGCGAGUGGCCUGCCGGGAGAAUCAUCGCUUGGACGAGUAGGACGGGCUCAAGUACAUUUUGGUCAUGAUGGACGACUUGUCAAACUGGGUUUGGCUGGAGCCCACGGUGGCAUGGACCGCCCGCCUGACUGCGUAGCAUCUUCUUACGUGGUGCAAGAUUUUGGGUGUUCCGGAGGUCUGGGUGAGUGAUACCGCUUCCAAUUUCGAAAAUCAUUUGAUGGCUCCCCUUGAGACUGCACUCGGUGUCGAUCGAAAAUUUUCCGUCGCCAACUCUCCCUGGUCUAACGUUACGUGCGAGCGAAUGACGCGCGAAGUGUUUCGUACUUUAAAGGCCGAGAUUCAGGAGGAGAGGAGGAGUACUCACGAUUGGGUUGCUCUGGUGCCAGCUGUUCAGUGGGUCUUGAACACCGCCCAUCGCGAACGCUACGGUUCGACGCCGUACCACGUCAUGUUUGGUAGAACACCGCGCACUGUGUUUUCGACUUUGGCGUCGCCUGCCGGCGCUGAAUGGAAGGCGGACGUCCUGGAUAGAAGGCUUUGCAGCAUAUCGUUGAGGCCCAGUGUCACUUGCACAAGGAACUUCUGGAUAAGGUGCAGGCGGGGUAGGAAAUCGGCACCGAGCGUCUGCCCGCGUUGGGUGCCUGCCGGACUUUGCGGUGGGGGACUACGUGUUGGUGGCGCGCGAACGUCGGCGUGGGUCGACCCCGAAGCUUCUCAUGACUUGAACGGGGUCGUGGAGGAUUGUCGCUGCUGAGAGAUCGCAUAUGUACGGAGUCCUGAACAUUGUUUCGGGUGCAGUUCGAGAUGUCCACGUCACUCGCUUGCGGUUGGUUCGACGCCGAUGCCGCUCUCGAGAUCACGGCCGAGUUGAAGGACGUUUUUCAGCAUGCUUUAACGCAGGGGGAGUUCGAGAUGGCGGCGAUCGUGAACGUGUUCGACUCGGAAGAUGGCCCUGGGUUUGAUAUAGAAGUGUAAUGGGUUGGUU